AUGUCAAUAUUUAUUAGAUUCCAAAAAUUAUUAUCCACUUUAAAUGGUCAUCAAUUCAAAAACCAACCAAAUCAAAAUCCAAACUCUACAUUUGCAAUGAAUAAUGGACACAAUAAUUCUCAAUUUGGGCAACAAAGAAAUGAACUAACCUACUUAUCUUUCAGCCCGAUUCGUAAUGUGACACAACUAGGAAAUUGUUAA